UAGGAAUUGAGUCUGUUUGCAGAGGCUACCCUGCAUACAGAGCACACUCAUGCCAAAGAGAGCCUGCCUCCAUCUGCGAGGCCUUUCUCUGGCCAAAAAUGGGACACCUGUUUGCAGAGCCUUGCCCAUCUAUGAACUUGUCCAUGUCUGCAGAGUCUGUCCCUUAUACAAAGAGUCCCUGUCUUGAGGCUUGUCCCCAUCCACGUUGGCAGAGCCUUUCCCAGUGUGCAAAGCUCCCACAUGCCUGCAACACCCAUAACUGUUUGUAAAGCCUUUGUCAGUGUUCACAGUCAUGCUGGUUUGAGCAGCCUGUAUCAGUUGUCCUGGGCUGUGCCUGUGUCUGAUGCACAGGCCAUCCUUGCACGCGCACACCGUCAUUUCCAUCAAGAGAACCGGAGACUUUGCAACCCUUUCUUCAGUCUGAGAAAACUGUCCCUGCUUGCAAAGCCUUCGCCUGUUUGCAAGCCUUUUUCUGUCCACAGAGCCUGUCACCGAGUAGGUCCCUGCUGUUGGCAUAGCCUGAUCCUAACUUUGCCUGGAAAACCUGUGUCUAUUUGUAGCUCGAUUGUGUGCGGAGCCUGUCUUUGUCUACAGGAUUGAGUUCUAUUUCAAGAGCCUGUCCCUGUUGGCCUUCUGUCCCCGCCUGUUGAAUCUGUUCCUACUGGCAGAGCUUUUGCCUGAUUGUAGAACCUACCAUUCUCUGCAGCAAGUGCCCCUGAAAGCAGAUCCUGCAUCUGUCUAUAUAGCCUGUUUCUAACUCCUUAUUUGCAGCAGUUGCUGGCUUCAAAGCCUGCCCCUGCCCAGAGAGCUCAGCCCUGUUCUAAGAGCACCCAGGUCUCUGUUUGCAAAGUCUCCAUAUACUGGGCUACAGUGCCUGUCCUGGUUUUCUGAUGUCUGUGUGUUUACAGAGCCCUCCUAAUGAAAGUCACACUUCAUGACGAAGGUGCUUUGGAGAGCUGUAGGUGGGAAGAAUUCUUGUUUGGAGCCCGGAGAACAGGUGGCUAGGAGGUGGACCUACUACCUGAGAACUCUGGCUCUUGUUCCCUGUGUCCUCUCUCAUUCCUGCCUGGUUUAGGAUGAACAAUAACAAGGGCCUACCAGCCAUCGACAGCCACAGAGACCUCCAAAUAUGGAUCAUCGAGAACCUGAAGAUGGUGCCAGUACCUGAGAAGGCUUACGGGAACUUCUUUGAGAAACACUGCUAUAUCAUCCUCCAUGUCCCCCGGAGCAAAAAGGCCACACAGGAAGCAUCCAGCGACCUGCACUACUGGAUCGGGAAGGAGGCAAGCACCGAGGCUCAGGGUGCUGCAAGCACCUUUGUGCAGCACCUGCAAGAGGAGCUGGGGGACCGGACAGUGCAACAUCGGGAAGUGCAGGGCCAUGAGUCCGAGUGUUUCCACAGCUACUUCCAUCCGGGAGUCAUCUACAGGAAGGGGGGCCUAGCCUCUGACGUCAAGCAUGUGGAUACCAACAUGUACCACAUCCAGCGACUGCUGCACAUCAAAGCGAGGAAGCACGUGUCUGCCACCGAGGUGGAGCUGUCCUGGAACAGCUUUAAUAAAGGAGACAUCUUCCUGUUGGACCUGGGCAUGGUGAUGAUCCAGUGGAAUGGGUCCAAGACCAGCAUUUCUGAGAAAUCUCGGGGCCUGGUUCUGACCUGCAGCAUCCGGGACAGGGAACGUGGUGGUCGUGCACAGAUUGGCAUAGUGGAUGAUGGAGUUGAAGUCACUGACCCCACACAUAUCAUGGAGGCUGUGCUGGGUUGCAGAGUGAGCAAUCUGCAUGCAGCCAUGCCCACCAGGAGUAUUAACCAGCUACAGAAGGCCAAUGUCCGCCUCUACCAUGUCUAUGAGAAAGGCAAGGACUUGGUGAUACAGGAAUUGGCAACCCGCCCCCUAACCCAGGACUUGCUGCAGGAGGAGGAUUGCUACAUCCUGGACCAGGGUGGCUUUAAGAUCUACUUAUGGCAGGGACGUAUGUCCAACGUGGAGGAGAAAAAGGCUGCCUUCAGCAGGGCUGUGGGCUUCAUCCAGGCCAAGGGCUACCCGACCUACACCAACGUGGAGGUGGUGAACGAGGGCGCCGAGUCCGCCGCGUUCAAGCAGCUCUUCCGAACGUGGACUCGCGAGCUGGGCAGGAAAAAGCUGGACCGGAAAGGUAGAUCCAUUCAGGUAAAGCUGGACGUGGGCAAGCUGCACAGCCAGCCAGAGCUAGCGGCCCAGCUCAGGAUGGUGGACGACGGCUCUGGGAAGGUGGAGAUGUGGUGCAUCCAGGACUCACGCAGGCAGCCCGUGGAUUCCAAGCGUCAUGGACAGUUGUGCUCAAGCAACUGCUACCUCGUCCUCUACACAUACCAGAAACUGGGCCGCAUCCAGUACAUCUUGUACUCAUGGCAGGGCCAUCAGGCCACAGCAGAAGAGACCAAGGCCCUGCACUCUAAUGCUGAGGAGCUGGACCACCUGUACCAGGGAGCUCUGGUGCAGGAGCAUGUGACAAUGGGCAGCGAGCCUCCCCACUUCCUUGCCAUCUUCCAAGGCCAGCUGGUGAUCUUCCAGGGGAGCACUGGGCACCACGGGAAGGGGCAGCCAGCCUCUGUCCCCAGGCUCUUCCACGUGCAAGGCACUGACGGCUACAACACCAGGACCAUGGAGGUGCCAGCCCGAGCCUCGUCCCUCAACUCCAGUGAGGUCUUCUUGCUAGUCACAGCUGGUGUCUGCUACCUCUGGUUCGGGAAGGGCUGUAACGGUGACCAGCGUGAGAUGGCACGGACAGUGGUCACUGUCAUUUCCGGGAAUGACAAGGAAACGGUGCUAGAGGGUCAGGAGCCUCCCCAAUUCUGGGAGGCCCUGGGGGGCCGGGCCCCCUACCCCAGCAGCAAGAGGCUCCCGGAGGAGGCCACCAGCUUCCAGCCACGACUGUUUGAGUGCUCCAGCCAGGAAGGCUGCCUGGUCCUCUCAGAAGUGGUGUUCUUCCGUCAAGGAGAUCUGGACAAGCAUGACAUCAUGUUGCUGGACACCUGGCAGGAGAUAUUCCUGUGGCUUGGUGCUGCCGCCAGUGAGCGGAAGGACGCGGUGGCCUGGGGCCAGGAGUACCUGAGGACCCAUCCAGCAGGGAGAAGCCUGGCCACGCCCAUCGUGCUGGUCAAGCAAGGCCAUGAGCCGCCCACUUUCACAGGAUGGUUCUCCACUUGGGACCCCUACAUGUGGUCGAACAACCGGUCCUAUGAGGAGGUGGUGAAGAGUGGGGUCUCCCACUUGGGAACAGAAUCUGCCAUCUCUGGGAUCACAGCAGAAAUCAACAAUUUCCAGCUAUCCCAGUGGCCAGGCGAGAGCAGAGCAGGUCCUCCAGACCUGCCAGCCAUCAAAGACAGCCAGGACAUCUCAGAGAUGGAGUUGGGGCCCAGGGUAGGCAGCAGAAGUGCCAGCAUCAGCAAGAGCAACAGCAGCAGCAGCAGCAGUGUCAGCUUGGUCGACAGUGGGAGCCUGCCCCCCGAACGGCUGAGGUACCAGGCCGUUGAGGACCUGCCACAGGGCGUGGACCCCACCCGCAAGGAGUUCUAUCUCUCAGACGCUGACUUCCAAGACAUCUUUGGGAAAUCCAAGAAGGAGUUCUACGGCAUGGCCAAGUGGAAGCAGCAGCAGGAGAAAAAGAAGCUGGGCUUCUUCUGAGUCCGGGGGGCUCUGCUCACACCCCCAGACCCCCUCACCUUUGCCAAUAAAAGGCAGUGGUGUGCA